AUGGUUCUCCAUGCUGACGCGGGUAUACCGAGCGUAUAUCGCUCAGAAUGCACCAAAUGGGUGUUUGUAGAACUGAUGACAAUUUCGUACCAAAUGCAGGGUAUUCUAUCACUUACUGUGGCAUUUGAUCGUUUUUUAGCCGUAACUAUUCCCAUAAAAUAUAUAAAAUUCGGCAAUAUUUACAACUUCUUCAUCAUUGCAACACCAUGUGUGACAGUGCUUGUACCUACAGUGGUGAACUUCAUACUGACCGUACACGAUCAUUCCUUCGUCUCUUCACUCUGUCUCACGCGCGAAGCUGUCUAUCCUGGUUUUCAUUCAUAUAUAUUGAUUAUGCGAAUGGUUUGCAUCAUAUCAUCCGGACUAUUAUACCUGCAUAUUGUUCUACGGCUUAAACAGCAUGUUGCCAAGCACGAAAAGGCGUGGCAUCGGGUUCGAUACGGCGCAGCUGCGGAAUAUCCGGCAUUCUACAGACUUACGACAAUGAACGCAUUAGUGUUUCUAUUUAUUCCGGAUAUACUGGCCUAUUUUGAAAUUGCCGGAAUUCACAAGAAAUAUGCUACAGUACUGUAUGCUCUGUACUGUGUCAAUGUAAGAUUUAUGAGCUUUAAAGUAACAAUUUACUAUGUGAACACACUCGUAAAUUUAAAUUUUAUGAUACUCAUCACUCGUCACAAGGAAAUUCGACAAAAUAUAUCCUAUUUUAUUCGCGUGAUUCUUUGCCGACGGACCAUCUCCAAUACGAACGCUAAUAAUUAUCACAAACCACCCGGUAGUAACAUUGUACCAAUGGCGGGUUCACGUUUACCCCGGCCAGAC